ACACCCACCCGACACAGCCCGCACUGUCGCCCGCAACCCGCAGCAGACGAAACUCUGCCCCACCUCCGAAUUCUGGUCGACUUCUUUUCUGGAUCAUGACGGGGUUUGUCCGCCGCCCAUAGUUCACCAUGACGGCCAUUUCUCUCGACGUGCCGCAGCCUGCCCAGCAUGGCCGAGGGCAGAGCUCGGCUCAAUUCUCUCGGACUGCUACGCUGGCCGCCUCCGCUGCUUCCUCUCCAGCCCGCCACCCCGGAUCUUUCUCCCGGCAGACCACCCAUGCCAUGUCGCACCUACAAGCUCAGUAUGCCGAAGCCUCCGCGUCGGCGUUGGCGCCGCAGCCAAACGGCAAUGCGCGCGCCGUCUCACCUGGCCAUGCGCCCAUGCGCCCCGGGCAGCCUCUUGCCAAUGGAAGACGAAACACAUCGCCGAUCCCCUCCUCCUCACGACGACCCUCGAGCGCGCCCGGAGACAGUCAAGCUGUCGCGUCGGGUAGCCGCGUUGACGACGGACAUGUCGAAGAGAGCAGCCGUUCCCUUGUUGCGAGACCGACCAAACCGCCUUUACUCCGAUCCAAGAGCGAGCACCACCCACGUUAUGACGAGGCGGACGACGAUGUUGAGGAGGAAUAUUAUGACCUGGGCGCCCGGCAUGGUUUUGAGGACCACUACCUCUCCGAGGAUGUCAUCGCCCACCUUGCCAAUAACUGGUACAUGUACUUUACCGACAAGCGCCAUGAAACGACGGGAAAGCCCAAGACACCUGCUUUUGAGCUUCAGGACUGGCGCAUGCGUGAUCGACUCAAGACGGUGUCCGCCGCUAUCGCUGUGUGCCUAAAUAUCGGCGUGGAGCCGCCGGAUCAGCUGCGGACCGCACCCGGUGCCAAACUCGAGGCCUGGCAAGAUCCGACUGUCCCACCAGUGAGCAAGGCGCUCGAAAACAUUGGCAAGUCGCUACAGGCGCAAUACGAAACCCUGGCGCUCCGAACCCGCUAUAAGCAGUACCUUGACCCGUCCAUCGAGGAGACCAAGAAAUUCUGCAUCUCCCUUCGCCGAAAUGCGAAGGACGAGCGAGUCCUCUUCCACUACAACGGCCACGGGGUACCGAAACCCACUGCUUCUGGCGAGAUCUGGGUCUUCAACAAGAACUACACGCAAUACAUCCCAGUAUCGUUGUACGACCUCCAGCAAUGGCUUCAAGCUCCCACCAUCUUCGUGUGGGACUGCUCCGAGGCGACAAACAUCCUCAAGAAUUACCACAAAUUCGUCGAGAAGCACGAGCAAGAAGAUGAGGAACAGGCGCUCAAGGACCCGAACCACGAGAAGACUAACUACCGUCCCUACAUCCAUUUGGCAGCUUGCGAUUCCAAGGAGAAUCUGCCAACGAACCCCCUUCUUCCCGCCGAUCUUUUUACCUGCUGCUUGACGACCCCGAUCGAGAUGGCUCUCUGGUUCUUUGUUUUACAGAACCCGCUUGACACCAGUGUUUCUCCCGAGAGGGCACGGAAGCUUCCCGGGAGACUCCAGGAACGACGGACGCCUUUGGGGGAGUUGAACUGGAUUUUCACCGCUAUUACGGACACUAUCGCCUGGACGACCCUUCCGCGCCCUUUGUUCCGCAAGUUCUUCCGUCAAGACUUAAUGGUGGCGGCCUUGUUCCGCAACUUUCUCCUGGCGCAGCGAAUCAUGCCUGUGUACGGGUGCAACCCUCAGUCUUAUCCCGAGCUUCCCGAUACCCGGCGACACCCUCUCUGGGAGAGCUGGGACCUUGCUGUUGACAUGGCUCUAGCCCAACUACCGAUGUUGGAGAGACGGGAAGCCGAUGGCGUCCCGUAUGAAUACGUCAACUCGACUUUCUUCACAGAGCAGCUCACAGCUUUCGAGAUCUACUUGACCAGGGGCGACGCGGUCUCUCAAAAGCCACCGGAACAGCUGCCCGUAGUUCUCCAGGUUCUCCUUAGUCAGCAGCACCGGCUCCGAGCUCUGAUCCUUCUGGGCAGAUUCCUUGACCUCGGCCCCUGGGCCGUGCAGCUGGCCCUGAGUAUAGGCAUCUUCCCCUAUGUGCUGAAGCUAUUGCAAUCGGCUGCCCAAGAACUCAAGCCUGUCAUGGUUUUUAUCUGGACCCGCGUCUUGGCUGUGGACAUCUCGUGCCAACAAGACUUGAUCAAGGACAACGGCUACACUUACUUUGCGGCUAUAAUGAAGCCGCAAGAGACGUUUCCGGUCGUCGGCGUGGUGGUUUUGGAUGAGCACAAGGCAAUGUGCGCGUUCAUUCUGGCCAUGCUAUGCAAGGGCUUCAAACCUGGUCAGAUCGUUUGCAACUCGACUGACAUCAUGACCUACUGCCUACAUCACAUCGAGCACCCCGAGAAUCCUCUGCUCCGCCAAUGGUCGUGCCUCUGCAUCAGCCAGUUGUGGAGGGAUCUUCCAGACGCGAAGUGGAGAGGCAUUCGGGAGAAUGCUCACUUGAAACUGUCGUACCUAAUCAAGGACCACUGUCCCGAGGUUCGCGCCGCCAUGGCGCACGCCAUGACCACCUUCCUCGGCAUCCCCGAUAUAACCGAUGAGGUGGCAAGGAUCGAGGAAGGUAUCGCUUGGGCGAUGCUGGAGCUGGCGACUGACGGCAGUCCUAUUGUUCGGAAGGAACUUCUCGUCUUUUUUUCUCACUUUGUUCUUCGCUACGAGAGCAAGUUCUUGGUUGCCGCCUACGAACAGCUUCUCGAGGAGAAGGAAUACCAGUUGUCGUCUCCGCUAGAGGACGGCCUGGAUCACAAGAUGGGCCUGCAUUUUGCGCGGCGCGAGAACCGUGAGAGAGACGGAACCAUCACACCUACUGCGUUUGGUGUGGCCCACGAUUCGGUCUUUGCGGCAUGCUGGAAGCACAUCAACAUCUUGAGCGUUGAUCCCCACCCCGAGGUUCAGAGGGACGCGACCAAUAUCUUGGACUACGUCCACCACGCGCUGCUGCACUCUCCUGUCGGCGCUCAAGCGCAAUCUCUCAUGGACGAGAUCCUCCGGCGCGCUAGAAAAGUGUCGAGGGGUGACAUGAGCCAGAGAAUCAGCGUUGCCGGCACCCGCACUGCGGCAGCCCAGCCAAUGCCAUCCCCCGGUCUUCUCAAGCGGACAGCGAGCUACCUAUUCGGGCCGCUCAUGGGGACUCUCGAUGCCGCCGCUAAUGCUCCAUCCCCCCCAGCAACACCCAGCUUGCAGAGGUCGUUCUCCCAACGAAGCCGUAAGGGACCGAGUCACGAAAACGCCCCGCCUGAGCAGCACGACCAGGUCACAUCCCCAUCAAACUACCAUAUUGCCAACGAGCCGCUCUGUGCCGGUUACCAGGAGCGCCAGCUCAGAGAGACACCUACCCUCCCCCUGGCCAGCACAUUCUUGGACUGGUCAACCGAGUAUUUCCGCGAGCCUCAAAUGAAGGCGCCCGAAGCCGAGGAACCCGGCAGCAACGAGUAUAACGAGCGGUUGUGGCGACGAGCACGCAAUGAGGCUGUUCUUAGAGAGACGCAGCCGCAAAAGACUCACGCCCGGACGCACAAAUGGAACGGCCAAGCGGGUGUCAUCCUCACUGGCUCGCAGCCAUCCAAGAUGACUUUCCACCAGUUUGAGAAUCACAUUGCCGUCGCCGACGACGGAAACACCAUCACAAUCUGGGACUGGAAGACUAAUUCCCGCAAGAGCCGCUUCUCCAACGGCAACCCCGAAGGAUCCAAGAUCUCGGACAUGCGGUUCAUCAAUGAGGAUGACCAGGCUCUCCUCAUGACUGGCUCUUCGGAUGGUGUCAUUCGCAUUUACCACAACUAUGACAACGAGGCAGAUGUCGAACUCGCGUCAUCAUGGCGCGCGCUUACCCACAUGGUCCCAUCUAACGUCAACUCCGGGAUGGUCUUCGACUGGCAGCAGGUUAACGGCCAAGUGCUGGUGGCCGGCGAUGAGCGAGUCAUCCGGAUAUGGAACGCGGGCCAUGAGAUGUGCACGCACGAGAUACCAGCGCGAUCUGGUUCCUGUGUGACAGCGUUGGCGUCGGACCAGAUGACGGGCAACAUCUUUGUCGCCGGCUUUGGAGACGGCGCCAUCCGCGUCUUUGACGCGCGCAUGAAGCCGCAGGAGACCAUGGUUCGCAAGUGGAAGGACGAAAGCAGGCAAUGGGUGCGCUCCGUACACAUGCAGCGCGGCGGCCAGCGCGAGCUGUUGUCUGCCAGCCGCAACGGCAAGGUUCACCUCUGGGACAUCCGCAUGGAGCAGCCGCUCAAAACGUUCCAGACAACCAAGGAUGUGUUACGAACUGCGAGCACCCACGAGCAUCUGCCCGUUUUUGCUGUUGGCACCUCGGCGCACCUCGUCAAGGUCUUUGACUUUGAUGGACACGAAAUCACUCGCGUCGAGCCCUACUCUGGCUUCCUGGGCCACAAGGCCGCUCCGCUCACCGCCACCGCGUUCCACCCGCACCGUAUGCUUCUAGGCUGUGCCGCCCGUGGCGACCACCAUGUCAGCCUUUAUGCAUGUGGCAAUGAGAGGGUUGGCCCGUUCUGAGGAAUGUUUCCCUGUUUGCCUUUUUCUUUCUCUCCUUUUUGUUUCCUUGGCACCAACUGCAUU